AUGCAACCAGGUUCGGCAUUUCUGGCAAACCAUUCUCAUCAGGUCUUUUUGGAUGCACCUCGAAUAGCCGUCCCCUCUUCUGUCACCCAGAGGCCGUGUCAGUCCCAGCGGGGCUCGACUGAGCGUUCCAGCACCGCCACUCCCGGGGCCCGGCCGCGCUACAUAGCCAUGCUCAAGAGCAUUGACAAGAUCCCACGGAUGCACAACAUUCUAGCCUCUUUGUUCACCUGGGUCCUCCUCGCAGGUUUUGUUGUGUUCCCCGCCACAUUCUCGUGGCCACCACUCGAACCGGCGGUCCUGCAACAGUAUUGCUUCAUCGGCCUCGCCGCCGCGCUCGUGGUCCUCGGCAUACUUGGCAUGGCUGUCCUGGGCGUGCGCUGGCGCAAUAACUACGUGUGGCUGCUGAACCGCAUCUUCCUGCCUGGGGCGCUCAACGGCCUCGCUGGACUUGUGGCCUCGGGCUCCGCCAUGUACGCCGCCCAGAUCCACGGUGCUUCGCAGACUCAGGUCUGGACUCCUACCGCGAUAUCUGUCGUUUGUUUUGAGGGCGCGGUGUUCUUGGUGUGCAGCGUCCUGUUUGUCAUCUACAGCAGGGUACUGAUCGGGAGGAUGAAACUCGAGUAUGAAAGGGACCUCGAGAAGGGCACGCAGGCUAGACGAAGAGGAUCUGACCAAUCAAAAAGCGAUGAUGAGCACCUAAAGAACCGGAAUGGGCCCUGUUUCAAUGACCAACAUGACCAAAGGCAAAUUUCAAGUUGGAGACAUAGAUUAAAGACACCUCCCUUGUUGCCUGGAAGCGUGGUUUGA